ACUCCAAUGCAAUCCACACAGUAAACAAAUUUUCAUACCCAAAACACCCCUUUACAGUUGAAAAUUACAGUUCUGGGCCUCACCCACAAGACACUUCCACCAUUGUUUCUUCAUUCAUUCAUUUCUUCAUUUCCAAAUCUUUAACAACCUUCCUUAAUCCAUCUCUCCCAAAUAUUCAAACAAUUUCAUCUCCAACAUCAAAUUUUUCCUUCUCAUUCAAUGUCAAUCUCCGAUACAUUUACUCUUGAAUAUACCCCAAUUCUUCCUCACCCUUCUCAAUCCUCACCAUAUGGUGGACUCUUUCUAGAUCCCAUUAUUCCCCCUUUAUUCUUCAAUUGCAUUUCUUCCCCUUCAAUUAUUAGAACCAUUUCUAAGUCCCCUUCUUUUUCUUCUCGAAAUUGUGUAGUUUCUCUUAAAGGCAAGAAAUCAAUAUCGUUUAAGGGUGUUUUUUCUUGUGUUAGUCUUAAGGAUUAUAGCAAUAAUGGAGAAGAAGAAGGAAAUGUGGAAAUUAAAGAUAUGGGUUUGGAGAAAGGGAACCUUCAGUCUACCAGACGACGCGGUGCCAUGAAUUCUUCUAAGCAUUUAUGGGCUGGUGCUGUUGCUGCUAUGGUUGCCAGAACUGUUGUUGCCCCACUUGAGAGACUGAAGCUAGAAUAUAUUGUUCGUGGUGAGCAGAAACAUAUCUUGGAGCUCGCUAGAACAAUUGCUGUCACUCAGGGCUUGAGGGGCUUUUGGAAAGGGAAUUUGGUUAAUAUUUUACGCACAGCUCCUUUCAAGGCGAUCAAUUUUUGUGCUUAUGAUACAUACAGUAAGCAACUACGCAAAUUACAUCUUUUUGAGGGAGCAAAUGUUGAAAGAUUCAUUGCUGGAGCUGCUGCUGGAAUUACUGCUACUGUUCUCUGUUUGCCUUUAGACACUAUUCGAACCAGAAUAGUUGCUCAUGGUGGGGAGAAGUUGGGUGGCGUUGUUGGUGCUUUUCGCUAUAUGAUCAAAACAGAAGGAUGCCUUUCUCUUUAUAAGGGCUUGCUUCCAUCUAUUAUGAGUAUUGCGCCUUCCAGUGCAGUGUUCUAUGGGGUGUAUGAUAUUCUUAAAACAGCUUAUUUGAAUUCACCUGAAGGAAGAGAAAGGAUUCAGAAAAUGAAAUCAUACGGAGAAGAUAUAACAGCCUUGGGUCAAUUGGAAUUGGGACCUCUAAGGACCUUAUUAUACGGGGCUAUUUCUGGUGCUUGUGCUGAAGCUGCUACCUAUCCAUUUGAAGUGAUAAGGAGACAGCUUCAAAUGCAAGUUCGAACAGCAAAGUUGAGUACGCCUGCAACUUUUAUUAAGAUAAUUGAGCAAGGAGGGAUUCCUGGUCUCUAUGCAGGAUUGCUUCCUAGUGUUCUUCAGGUGCUCCCUUCAGCAGCAAUAAGUUAUUUCAUGUAUGAGUUCAUGAAGAUAGUACUCAAAGCAGAAUGAAGCCGCGGCUAUUUCGAAACCAGUUGAUGUUAAUGCAUGGGCGAGCAUGUCAUAUACUGCCACUCGUAAACCCAUUCUAUUUCGACUGCUGGCUGCAAUUUUCUCCACCAAAGUGGUUUGCCGGUGUCCUGUCACGUUUAACACAAUCAUUUGGUUACGACUGGCUAAAGCUGAUGAUCAAUGCCUGUCAUGUGCUUUUUUUUGGUAAGCAAUAGCUGAUAUCAUCCUCGAUGCUCCCACUUAUUUCGCGUGUGUAUCUACUAUCUGCUGAAGCGUGCGCUUAGCAUAUCAAGACACCUAAACUUCGUGUAGUUUAACCAAAGUUGCUGGUCGAGAACCUCCAUAUGGAUGUAAAUAGAUGAACUUAAUUCAUUUUUAACAUUUAUAGGCAAAAAGAAAUUGUUUUGCUUUAAUUAUUUGGUGUUGUGCAAUAUAUUUUUGCCCUAUGCAGAAAA